GAGAACACUUCCGGGUUUGAGAACGAAGUCGCUGCUCACGGACCUGAGAAUCGGAACAGAACUUGGACUGAGGCUGAAGACGUUUUCACAAAUACGGGAGUAUGCACAAGUAUGGAUAUUGAGAAAUGGCCUCACCUUUCUACUGAAAACACGCUCGUGUUUGUGCUCGUUUGUUCUCUGGUUUGUUCUGGAGCAACACAUCAGGACGAGACUAACGGUGUCUCCAGAACGUACGUCACAGAGGGGGAAGAUGCCGUCCUUCACUGUUCUUCUGUAGAAAGACUUGAGAACACGGUGGUAGACUGGGAGAACCAAAAUAAAAAAGAGGCGUGCCUCUACGACAGAGGCCAGCACUGUGAGGACAGGCGGGACAAUCAGGACGAGCAGUACAAAGGACGAGCGUCACUUUUCUACGACGAGCUGAAGAACGGAAACGCAUCCUUGAUCCUCAACAACACAAGGAUUGAAGACACAGGGACUUACACCUGCAUACUUCCACUUUUGAGUUCUGGAAUCCAAAGGUCCACGGUGGAGCUCAUCGUCGGUGUCUCCAGAACGUACGUCAAGGAGGGGGAAGAUGCCGUCCUUCACUGUUCUUCUGUAGAAAGCCUUAAGAACAUGGUGGUAGACUGGAAGAACCAAAAUAAAGAAGUGUUCCUCUACGACAGAGGCUGGCACUACGAGAACGGGCUGUGCUGUCAAGAUGAGCAGUACGGAGGACGAGUGUCACUUUUCUACGACGAGCUGAAGAACGGAAACGCAUCCUUGAUCCUCAACGACACAAGGAUUGAAGACACGGGGAUUUACACCUGUGACCUGAGUUCUGGAAGGCAAAUAUUCACGAUGGAGCUCAUCGUCGGAGCCGUUCAGGCGCCAGUCCUUGAAAUAUCUAACGUGUCAGAGGCCGGCGUGGAGCUCCAGUGUGUGGUCAGAGGUUCUUCAUCAAAGCCGAGUGUAGAGUGGCAGACGUGUGAAGGAACCUCUCUUAAUUCAGAGGAGCCACUGGUCUCUGAGACACGAGGCCGUUACGACACCACGCUCCUCGUCACUGUGACGGAGACGAAGACCAACUGCUUCCGCUGCGUGGUCAAACAGGAGGACAUUUACCACAGGAUUGAUGAUAACAUCAUUGUGUCAGAGAAACUCUUUGAGAAAAAGUCCUCCCACGAUACUCAGUCCUCCCACAAUACUCAGUCCUCCCACAGCACAGAUGUUCUCGGAGGCAUGUUUUCAGCUGGAGUUUUCACACUUGUGUUACUUCUGCUGGCUGUGGUUCUGGUUCUAUUCUUCACAAGACGCAGAAGUCGACUGAAAAUGAGAAAAUUAAAGGAGAAGAUGAUGAACGUCAUAUCCAGUAACAAGAGAAAAGGAGACAGAGGAGGAGAAGCUCAUGCCCAGUAACACCUCAGGUUCAGCUUCAGACCCCGGAGCCAAAAGGAGAAAAAAUACCACCUGAAUGUGAAAAUAACCCAAACGAUAUGAAGUUAGUCAUAUGAACUUCAAAUGUUAUCAGGUUUGUGUCUGUAGACGUGUUCGAGGUCGGUCUCUUGUGUCACGUACGAAGUUUCGAGGCGAUCGAUCAAUGCAUGUCGAAGUUACAGGGCACUUCCUGUUUCGUGAUCGCCGAACUCCCCAUGUUUGCCGUAGCCGCGCCUUUUUGUCUUUGAUGUGUCCAGUACGUUUUUUUUAUGUUGAUACAAUAAACGCCCACUUCCUUAUUACGAGUUCCUACCAAGUUUCGUGAAAUUUGGUGGAACUUAAUUUUGGCUUGCUCCAUCCACGUUUGGCCUUAGGGGGCGCUAUAGAGCUGUUAUCUGUUCUUCCUUCAGAUUAUUAUAAUCUCCGUGGCUUUGCGAUCAUUUUUGAGCGGGUUAACGUGCAUAAAAACUCUUGAAACUUAGCAUGGAGGUCAGGUCUGGUGAAAAUGUGAUACUGGCAUAGUUCCCCUACCUGUGUGUUGCUCAAGGGCUCUAUAGCGCCCCCUAAGGUGAAAACAAGGCAAAAUUGAGUUCCACCGAAAUUAGGUGGAAAGUUGUUACAAAGACGAAGACAAAAGUCGACCGUAACCAUGGCCUCAACUCAACAGGAAGUCAGCAUUUUGAAUUUUGGCGUCCAUCUGUUUUAUGUUAUGUUGUUUGUUUAUUAUGUUUCCUGUGCGUGGGUCUGUGUAACAGUUGAUAGAUUCCAAAUGUCGGAUCUAAAAGAUCAACACAGAGCUGAUGGAACAGCAAUGAAUCGUCCAAAGAGAAUUUUAUAUCUACUUUAAUGAUAGUGAACUUAGCUCCAGCUGUCAAACAGGAGAGAAGCUAAAAGCUGCGUCGUUCGCAGUCAUCUAUAGAAUUGUUUUAUUUAAUAUUUUUACCGCUUUAAUGAAAGAAUGUCUAAUUUUUUUUUAAGUAUGAUUUUGAACAGGUCAGUUUCUUGACGCAUGUUUCCGGUGUCAGUGUAGCCUGAGCUGUGAAAACAUUUCUUCUGCUCCGAUAUUCUAUAUUUACCGUGUGUGCACUUAUUAGUCGUAAUUUAGUGCGAGAAUUUAAGUAAGUAAAUAAAUAAAAGAUGUAGACGAAUGUAAUUCGUUAUUGAUGCAAAAUACAAAGUCACCUGUGAGGUCGUUAUCGUGAGCAUCAUGAACAGAUGCUCGAGCAGUGGUCGAGCAACAUGUCACCUCACUUGCAUGUAUCCAUAUGAUCACUCAGUGAAAUAUCAUUGCUGUCGUUUAUAAAAACCUGUGCUAAUCGUUAGGAGUAAUCACUGGAAUGAAUGUGUUUGCAAUUGAAUGCAUAAUAUUCAUCAUUUAAAUGGUGAAUUGCAUAAGAUGUUAAUAUGGCAGCCGCACACAUUAUUCUCUACCCUUCAGGUUGCUCUCAGUCUCAAACAGGUUGGUGCUAGAGAAUUUAAAAAUAAACUGUUUGUCCACACACUUUGAGUGAAUUUGUCAUAAAACAAAGAACAGGAACCAGUUUAGCUCUUAUUUGUACCCGAAUGUUUAAAUGCACUUAUUGUAAGUCGCUUUGGAUAAAAGCUUCUGCUAAAUGA